CCUCCGGGGACUUGGCCGCCGCGUGCCCGUUUGCCGCGCAAGACGCGCCUGGCUUCCGCACGCGCGCGGCAAGCGGUUGCAACGGCAGGCGGGAGCCCGCAGGGCGGGCAUGGAGUUCUGCACCCUGCCAAGGAGACGCGAUUGCGUCUCUUCGCGGGAGCGCGCACUGAAGUGAUGCUGCCAGGAAACGUCUAGGAAGCCAGCGGGGCCCUCGGGGCGCGCGGCGUCGCCUCCCCACCUUCCCUCUCAGGAUGAGAUGCGGGACGGCCGUCGCCAGCGCCUGAAUUUUCUGUUGGGGGGAAUGGAGGCGGGGCGCGCUUGGUUUCCUUAGAAGCUGCGGAGCAAAGCCCCCUCCCUAUCGCUUGGCCCCGCCGAGGGGAGCGCUGAGGGCUGCCCCCGCCAAGGCCUUUGCUCGGUGACCCCUUUGAACCCCUUGCGGGCUCAGUUUCGCAGGAGCUGCGGGAGGGGAUUUGCCCUCGUCUCGGCAGCGGUCUCUCUCCAACCCCCUAACCGAACCCGUCCAACAAGUUAGGCGGGGCGCGGAGCCGCCGCCCCCCGCACGUCGCAGGAGGAGCUCCCACAGCGGAGGUCCCGGGGAGGGGCGCGCCGCCGAGCCGAUCUUCGCAAGGCUGCUGCUGCGCCGUCGAGCGAGUCUCCGGGGCGCCCACUCCGGACUGGAAAGGCUGUCACCAGCCCCGUCUCCAGCGCAGCCGGACCCCUCCUCCUAGGAACCCCGGUGUCCUGCGUCCCAUUGCUCCUCCGCCAUCCAGCCGGCCACUCGACCUCCUCUUGCGCCCACAGGGCAGGCGGGAGCCCGUCUUGGCCAUGGCUGCGGCAGGCGCCGGCAAGUUCCAGUUUGCCAUCGACCGCGGGGGUACUUUCACCGACGUCUUCGCCCGGUGCCCUGGAGGGAAGGUCCGGGUGCUGAAGCUGCUCUCGGAGGAUCCGCUCAACUACAGCGACGCCCCCACCGAGGGUAUCCGCCGCAUCUUGGAGGAGGAAUGUGGUGUCCUGUUCCCCAAAGACCAGCCCCUGGACACGUCGCGCAUUGAGUGGAUCCGGAUGGGCACCACUGUAGCCACCAACGCCUUGCUGCAGCGCAGGGGAGAGCGGCUGGCUCUGCUCAUCACCAAGGGCUUCCGGGACUUGCUACACAUUGGGAACCAGGCCCGGCCCCACAUCUUUGACCUGGCAAUAUCGAUGCCAGAACUGCUGUAUGAGGCUGUGGUGGAGGUGGAGGAGCGCGUGGUCCUGCAUCGCGAGGGAUGCCAGCUCUUUGACUCGGUCCAGCCAACCACAGGGUUGACGGGGGAAUUCCUGGUGGUGCAGCGACCUGUGGAUCUGGAUGCCCUGCGGGGGAAGCUGAAGGGACUGUUGGCCCGGGGGAUCUGCAGCCUGGCGGUGGUACUUCUACACUCCUACAUGUGGCCGGACCACGAGCGGCUGGUGGGGGACCUGGCCCAGGAGCUGGGCUUCCAGCAGGUCUCUCUCUCCUCUGAGGUGAUGCCCAUGGUGCGGGCAGUGCCCCGAGGCUACACCGCUUGCGCUGAUGCCUACCUCACUCCUUGCAUCCGCCGCUACCUGAACAGCUUCCAGGCCGGUUUUGCUCACCAGCUGCAGGGCGUGCCGGUCAUGUUCAUGCGCUCCGACGGCGGCCUCAGCCCUAUGGAGACCUUCAGCGGCUCUCGGGCCAUCCUGUCGGGCCCAGCAGGGGGAGUCGUGGGCUAUGCCACCACCACCUUCCGCCAGGCGGACGGGCAGCCCGUCAUUGGCUUUGACAUGGGAGGCACAUCCACAGACGUGAGCCGCUACGCUGGGGAGUAUGAGCAUGUCUUUGAGGCCCUGACUGCCGGCAUCAGCAUCCAGGCCCCGCAGCUGGACAUCAACACCGUGGCAGCCGGCGGGGGCUCUCGGCUCUUCUUCAGGUCCGGGCUGUUUGUCGUUGGCCCUGAGUCGGCAGGUGCCCAUCCUGGCCCCGCUUGUUACCGGAAGGGGGGGCCCCUGACUGUGACGGAUGCCAACCUGUGCCUGGGCCGCCUCCUGCCCAGCUACUUCCCUCGCAUCUUUGGGCCCAGCGAGGACCUGCCACUCUCGCGGGAGGCCGCAGUGCAGGCCUUUGAGGAGCUGACUGCCAGCGUCAACGCCUUCCUGGGUGCCAGCUCACCCCUCAGCGUGGAGGAGGUAGCCAUGGGCUUCAUCCGUGUGGCUAACGAAGCCAUGUGCAGGCCCAUCCGAGCCUUGACGCAGGCCCGGGGCCACGACACCUCGCGCCAUGUGCUGGCCUGCUUUGGCGGCGCCGGAGGGCAGCACGCUUGUGCCAUCGCGCGGGCCUUGGGCAUGAGCAAGGUCUUCAUCCACAAGCACAGUGGGAUCCUGUCAGCCUAUGGGCUGGCGUUGGCCGACGUGGUGCACGAGGCCCAGGAGCCCUGCUCCCUGGCCUAUGGGCCUGAGGCCUACGCCCAGCUGGACCGGCGUGUGGCAGCUCUGGAGGCCGAGUGCGUGCAGGCUCUGGAGGCCCAGGGCUUUGCCAGAUCCCAGAUCAGCACAGAGGCCUUCCUGCACCUGCGCUAUGAGCGGACUGACUGCGCCCUCAUGUGCUCCACCAAGGGCUACCCGGCUACCCCCGAGUCCUGUCGCACUGGGGACUUCCGCGCUGCCUUUGCGGCCAGGUACCUGCAGGAAUUUGGCUUCACCAUCCCAAGCCGGGCCAUCCUGGUGGAUGACGUGAGGAUAAGAGGCACAGCCGGUUCUGUACUGGGCCAGGAGCAACCGGUGGCUGACAGCAAACAGCCUGCCCACCGGGAGAUGGUGUCCCGCUGUUACUUUGAGGGUGGCUACCUGGACACCUGUGUCUACCUGCUGGAGGACCUCACCUGGGGCCACUCCAUACCUGGCCCCAGCAUCAUCAUUGAUAAGAACAGCACCAUCCUUGUGGAGCCAGCCUGCACGGCCUCCAUCACCCGUCUAGGUGACAUCUGCAUUGCAGUGGGAUCCGGGAUGGAGCGCCCUGUUGGCCCCCAGAUUGACCCCAUUCAGCUGUCCAUCUUCUCCCAUCGCUUCAUGAGCAUCGCAGAGCAGAUGGGACGCGUUCUGCAGCGCACGGCCAUCUCCACCAACAUUAAGGAGAGGCUGGACUUCUCCUGUGCCCUCUUUGGACCCAACGGGGGACUGGUCUCCAAUGCACCCCACAUCCCCGUCCAUUUGGGUGCCAUGCAAGAGACGGUCCAAUUUCAGAUCCGGAACCUGGGCUCCGACCUCCAUGAGGGGGACGUUCUCUUGAGCAACCACCCAUGUGCAGGGGGCAGCCACCUGCCUGACCUGACCGUCAUCACCCCGGUUUUCUGGCCGGGGCAGCCCAGGCCUGUGUUCUUUGUGGCCAGCCGGGGGCACCAUGCAGACAUUGGGGGGAUCACACCUGGCUCGAUGCCCCCACACUCCCGCUCCCUCCAGGAGGAGGGGGCCGUCUUCAUUUCCUUCAAGCUGGUCAAAGACGGUGUCUUCCAAGAGGAGGCGGUUACUGAGGCCCUGAUGGCUCCAGCUCACACCCGUGGCAGCAGUGGCACACGCAACCUCCACGACAAUCUGUCUGAUCUGCGUGCUCAGGUGGCAGCCAAUCAGAAGGGGAUCCAGUUGGUGAAUGAACUGAUUGGUCAGUACGGAUUGGAAGUGGUGCAAGCAUACAUGGCCCACAUCCAGGCCAAUGCAGAAGUAGCUGUACAAGGGAUGCUGCGAGACUUUGCCGCACGCCAGGGGGAGCCAGGGUGCCCUCUGCUGGUGGAGGCGGAGGACUUCAUGGACGACGGCUCCCCCAUUCGCCUGAAGGUGACUGUGGAUCCCCAGGAGGGCAACGCCGUGUUUGAUUUCACCGGGUCUGGCCACGAGGUCUACGGGAACUGCAACGCGCCUCGGGCCAUCACCCUCUCGGCCCUGAUCUACUGCUUGCGCUGCAUGGUGGGCCAGGAGAUCCCUCUCAACCAGGGUUGCCUGGCACCCGUGCGGGUCAUCAUCCCCAAGGGCUCCAUUCUGGAUCCGUCCUUGGAUGCCGCCGUGGUGGGGGGCAACGUGCUGACUUCGCAGAGGGUGGUCGAUGUCAUCUUCCGUGCAUUUGAGGCCUGUGCAGCUUCUCAGGGCUGCAUGAACAACGUCACAUUCGGGAAUGAACGUGUCGGCUACUACGAGACCGUGGCCGGGGGUGCUGGGGCAGGACCCCAUUGGCAUGGGCGCAGUGGGGUGCACACCCACAUGACCAACACCCGCAUCACCGACCCUGAGAUCCUGGAGAAACGGUAUCCUGUGGUCUUGAACUGCUUUGAGCUAGCCCCGGGCACAGGGGGAGCAGGGCACUUCCGAGGCGGGGACGGGGUGCGCCGGGAACUCCAGUUUCGGGAGGCGAUGGUGCUAUCGGUGCUGAGUGAGCGGAGAGCUUUCCGGCCGUACGGCCUGCGAGGGGGUGAGUCUGGCUCUCCAGGCCUGAACCUGCUGGUCCGGCAGGACGGUCGGACCAUAAACCUGGGUGGGAAGACGUCUGUGGAAGUGUCCCCUGGGGACAUCUUCCUCCUGCAGACCCCUGGUGGAGGAGGCUUCGGACCGCCCACCAUGCCUUCUGCUUCCCCCAAAGGGCAGGGAACAUCCCCCGGAGGCUGGCCCUUUGUGGAGCGAGGAAGCCUCUAUGACUACCGCCUGGCUCAGGAGAUGGCGUGAUGGGCAUGCUGGCAGGGAGGGUUGUGUUCUUGUGGGUAUUAUUUGGCCAUUGUGGGGAAGACACAGGCGCAGUGGGGCGUAGGGCAGACGUGGAGACAGGAAUCCCAUGGGGUGCACAUAGCCCUGUGGGCCUAGCUCUCGCUCUUUGCCAUGGGAGGGAUGGAGGGGGGAAGAGGUGUGAGGAAGAGGAAGACACAGUCUGAAGUGGAUAUACUGUAUUCCUGUAGUAUGUGUUUGGGGGGGGGAAUGUGUGAAUAUCAGAAUCCGCAACUCCACUUCUUCCCACAAGGGGGCAGCAGGGCCUGACAUUUGUCCUUGAGCCAGACUGGCGGGGGGGUGGGGGGAACAUCCUGUGACCCCAGGGCUGCUAGGAAUUCAUCUCCCCUAACUUGGGAAGAAAGGAGACCCUCCCAGGUGCUCAGCCGUGGCUGCCACUUCUGGCUGGCCGUCGCUUGCCCACAGCUCUGCCUUCACUGCUUCAGCCUUGCCCGCUGCUCUGAGCAAAUUCCCACCCCCCCCCCAGCAGCCCCUCCUCUGCGGAGGAAGACCCUUCUCCCAAACCAGGCUCUGCUGCGCAGCCCCUCUCAGCUAGGGUCUUGUUCGGGCAGCAUCCGGCCUUGGGGGAAGCACUCUGGGUGCAGUCCCUGGGGAGGGGGACCUCCGGGGACAGCAGGUUCUGCAACAGGAGCCCCUCAUGGAUCUCUUUGUGGAGCUUGGCUGGGCCAAUUCAUGGCUUCCCUUCUUCAAAGUUCAAGGGCUGAAUAAACAUGGAGCAACCAGUUCACCAUUUGGCUUGUGGUCAGUGG